AGAGCAGCUGCUUUCUCCUUGUAGUUGUGUAGUGUAGUGUCGCUUGACAGCUGAUCUCCUCGGACGUGGUUAAUCGUGCUCGCAGUAUUUUCACAACCUUGAUAAGUCAUGGCUCGUGGACAACAAAAGAUCCAGUCUCAGCAGAAAGCCAAUGAGAAGGCUGCCAAAGCUAAGAAGCAACAGGGUCACAGCGCAAGUGAACAAAAAAAAGCUGCAAUGGCUGCUUUAGUGCAUGUUUGUGCUGUCUGCAAGUCUCAGAUGCCAGAUCCAAAAACUUACAAACAGCAUUUUGAGAACAAACACCCCAAGAACCCAUUGCCUGCUGACCUACAAGAUGUAGCUGCCUAACUUCAUCAUGGAAAAUUACAAGACGGGGUCAGAAAAUCACUGUCUCUCAUCAUCUUUAAUAUCCAUAAUUUCACAAGUAAAUGGGGUAUGGGAGGAGCUGCCAUUCUUUACCUCUUGUUGGCCAUUUCCAACAAUGGCAUGACAAUAAACCCUUGAAAUACUAUGCACAUGACCAAUAUCAUUUUUUAGAAAAAUAUUUUUAUCUGCAGCUCCAACCUGGUGUUUUCCAUUUUUCAUAAGAAAAACAAACAGAAAUCAAUCAUUACAGAGUGUGGUCUUGUGUUUUGUUUUUUCCAUACAAAUAAACGACUGAUACGAGAA